UGCAUCCGUGCUGCUAACAGCGUCCUGCACUUUGGUCGCGCUGCUGCUAUUCUGCACCUGUUAAAAGUUAAAGUUAUGGAGGAACUUACCGGAGCGCAGCUUAUUGCUGAAGCACUGAAAGCUCAGAAUGUGGAGUACAUGUUUGGCAUCGUUGGAGUUCCCAUUAUUGAGGUUGCCAUGGCAGCCCAGGCUGCUGGCAUCAAGUAUGUGGGCAUGCGCAAUGAACAAGCGGCCUGUUAUGCUGCUUCUGCAGUUGGAUAUUUAACUGGACAUCCUGCAGUGUGUCUGGUGGUGUCUGGACCUGGGCUGAUCCAUGCACUUGGUGGAAUGGCCAAUGCUAACAUGAACUGCUGGCCUGUGUUAGUCAUUGGGGGCUCCUCAGAUCAGAAUCAGGAGACAACUGGAGCAUUUCAAGAAUUUCCACAGGUAGAAGCCUGUCGCCUUUACAGCAAGUUUUCAGCUCGACCAGGCAGCCUGAUUACGAUACCAGCUGUAGUUGAAAAGGCUGUAAGGAGCAGUAUUUAUGGUCGUCCAGGAGCAUGCUACAUAGACAUCCCUGGUAACAUGGUAAAUGCAAGAGUGGACCGGAAAUCCGUCAGAUUCCCAUCCUGUUGUCCUCCUUCUCCAGUGAGCCUAGCCAGCAAUCAUGAACUCUCCAAAGCUGUCACAGUGCUCAAACAAGCUGAGAGACCACUUCUCAUCAUUGGCAAAGGUGCGGCAUACGGUCGGGCAGAGAACGAAAUUAAAGAGCUUGUGGAACUAAGUGGGUUGCCCUUCCUGCCAACUCCCAUGGGAAAAGGAGUACUUCCUGAUGACCAUCCCAACUGUGUGGCUUCUGCACGCUCCAGAGCUCUGCUGCAGGCAGAUGUGGUUGUGCUGCUGGGUGCCAGACUAAACUGGAUCUUGCACUUUGGCUUCCCUCCCAGAUUUAGCCCUGAUGUCAAACUUAUUCAGGUGGAUAUAUGUGCAGAGGAGCUUAGUAAUAAUGUUAGAGCUACAGCAGCACUACUGGGAGAUGUCAGGGCUGUAGUCAGCCAGCUGGUAGAAAUAUUGAGAUCGGACACAUGGGCGUAUCCAGCAAACACAGAGUGGUGGACAAAGCUGAAAGAAAAAAUGGCUUCCAAUGCUCAGAUAUCAAAGGCUCUUUCUCUCCAAAAUACUCUGCCCAUGAACUACUACACUGCAUUCCAUCACAUUGCUCAACUCCUACCCAAAGACUGUGUCAUUGUCAGCGAAGGAGCCAACACCAUGGAUAUUGGUCGCACCAUGCUGCACAACUACUUACCCAGACACAGGCUGGAUGCAGGGACAUUCGGCACCAUGGGAGUCGGACCUGGCUUUGCCAUUGCAGCAGCAGUAUUGGAACAGGCCCAGCACACCAGCAGAAGAGUGGUGUGUGUAGAGGGAGACAGUGCAUUUGGCUUUUCAGGCAUGGAAGUUGAGACCAUGUGCAGGUAUAAGCUGCCAGUGAUCAUCAUUGUCAUCAACAACAAUGGCAUAUAUAGUGGUGUAAAUAAAGAGACAUGGAGGGAAAUGGAGAAGAUGGGAGACAUGACCACUAUAGCUCCUCCAGUGACACUCCUGCCCGAGGCACGUUAUGAGCAGGUAAUGUGUGCGUUUGGGGGAUGCGGCUAUCUGGUCAGGACAGUAGAGGAACUGCGUACAGCCCUUCAAAAGAGCUUGAGUCAGACAGCCACCCCAAGCCUAAUUAACGUACUAAUAGACCCAGCCUCGGACCGAAAGCAACAGGAGUUCCCCUGGCUGACCCGCUCCAAUCUGUAAGAAGAGGAGUUUUUUUUUGCUGUGAUGGACAGUAGUCCCCCUUUACUAACGACUAGCCCCAGAGCAGGCAACAGAACUACCCCCAUCCUGCACUUUAUGUAUUGACAUUAAUUACCAGAUGGUUUCUAAUUACUGACAUUUUUAUGAUUAAGCUCUUUUUUCAGCCACAAGCCUGACCUUUUGGUUAACCUGUGAUUAUUGAAUUAUUGAUCAGUUAUCUCUUUAUGUAAUAUAGAACAACCGAAAUUGGAAACACAUGGGAGACACAGCAAUUAAUAUAUGGUUUAAUAUAUUUCACACAAUUAAUCCAUCCCAUGGAGGAAGAGUUGAAUGAACGACAUGCUAAACUUUGCAUUGUGUUUGGCCAGGACUUUAUUCCGACGCCCAUGUUUUAAAGGAUCAGAUCGACAUUGUGUUUCUUAAGCAUUCGGAAAUAUUCUAUAAAGAGAGUAAUAAGAACAUGCUACAGGAUGUAAGAACCACAGGAUUUGGACAGGAUUUGGACAGAAUAUAUGUACUGUAAGUGUAUGUAAAAGUGUCUGGCAUGGUUUGAUGUUGGAGGUAAAAGGGCUGGAACGGGUUCUGCUUUAGCUCAGUUCAGAUUCCAGUUAAUGAAAGCCUUCCUGUCCUUUGCUUCUCCUGUAUGUCCAAGACCAUUACCUCACUGCUUUAGCUCAGCAGUAAAGCUAGACGAGACUCUCAAUCCUGCAAACAGCUCUCAGGAGGCCAAGAAUCACAUCACAUAAAUGACCAAGAUUUUUAUGGAGUAAUUUCCUGAACUGUUUCAACAGUUGUAAUUAUGGAUGUCUGAGGAUUUGUACUUUUGAAUUUAACAUCUGUAUUUUAGGUUGCAGUUUCUGCCAUUCAAAUGACAUUUUGAAUAAUAUAGAUGUACAUACAGGUGGUUCAAACGCCAGUGUUGUAAAUUAAAUGUAAUUAUUGAAA